AUUGCUAUGAAAUAUGGUUGUUUAAUCUAAACCCCUAGAGUCCCUGAUUUGACCUCAACAGUUCAAGUUCAGUUUAUUCGCUCCGACCACUAGAGGGCGAUCACACACGCUGGUCAGCGAGCAAGACGAACUAUGAGAAAAGUCCCCAUUUAAAAAUAAACAAGGGAUGAUCUCCGACCUUUAAGGACAGCUUCCACACUUUGUCACAUUUACUCAGCAGCUCUAAUGAAUAAACAGAAAUCGAAAUGAGACGCUACCAGGAACUGAACCUUAAGCUGUUUAUGUGAACAGGACAUGAGAACAUUAGGGGAACUGUCAGAAGGCGUUUAUCUAUAUUUUAAGGUGCUUUCUCAGAAAUAGUGUGUUUUUGCCCCUUCGAAUCUUGAUUCAUUUUGCAGCGACGUCUUUAAACUGAAGUAACGAGGUUUCUGAUAAAGGAUAGUAAUAUGAGGAGCAUAACAUUGGUGCAGCAUUACAGCAGCAUUAUACAGUAUGGGAAAUUUGAAGUCCUUGUUCAAACUUGUGUCUGUGCUGUGCAGGACGGAAAAGUAAAGUCUGCAAACGCACAUUAGUCAGAGAAUUAUCUCUGAACAUGACGAGCAGGAUCCAGCUUUUGGGUAAUUUCCCUGUUUCUCCUAUAGAGACUGUGGAAUAUAGCUCUUAUUUUCCUUUUUGGUCUGAGAUCUGUGUAAAACUGAUCAAAGUAUUGCUCUGUGAGUAAGACGAGGUUUGGAGACACGGCGACUCCACAGUCAUUAGAGGUUUCUGAAUGUCACUGUGGUUUAAGUUAAAAAAAAAAGCUUAAAAAAACAUAAUUGUGGCAAAAAUGUGAAAGGGAAACUCCUCCAAGCUUCUCUGUACUAGUUUCUGGUCCAGUCCAAACACGUUUUUUAAGAGGUCCCCAAUGGCACCUCUACAUUACGAGCCUGCUGAAGUGGUGGAAAGUUGGAACUAAGAAAGAGGAAGAAGCCAAAGUUUGAUGAGAGAGAGAGAGGCCAAACGUCAGCGUCACUAAUAUAGUCACAACAGGAAACGCGUCACCGAGGGGGAGGAACCUGAAUAAAGAGGAAGGUAUUUGGGGAGCGCGACACUAUGUAAAUAAAGUCAUUUGGAAAAUACACGACCACAGACAGAGACCAGCUGCAUCCUUCCGUCCCCGCGGCAUUAACGCUGUCGCACUCUCACACUGACAGUGGACUCAGAGGCGUUGAGAAGAAGAGAUGCUUCUACGGAGGACGGGGCCUCGCUGAUCAUAUCUUCAUGUGAUCAUAUCAUUCAUAGCUUCAUGUGGAUUAGGACUGAAUGGUGACAACAGCUGGAUUACAGAAAUGGACACCAGGAGUGAGAUGCCCAUUCUAUCCGUCCUUCUCCUCUACAUCAGCUGUGUGUCAGGACUGGACGUGCCUGCGCCUGAACACCUGGAGGUGAAAAUACUGGAUGGGGAAGUGAUGGCGAACUGGAAAGCUCCCGCGGACGCGCCCCCAAACUCGCAGUACAGCGUCCAAAUGGCAAGGUACAUAGAUCCGUGGGCCGAGGUCGAGAGCUGCGCCAGGAUCGGCAGGACCUAUUGUGACCUCAGCCUCCUUUUUCAUGACUAUCACGCUGUUUAUAAGGUCAAAGUCCAGCUGGUGGCAGGAAAUGAGGCGUCCGCAUGGACAAGCAAGAAGUUUAGCCUCAGCGAAACUGAACUGCAGCCUCCCUCCUUCACUUUGACGGCCACAUCCAGCACUUUAUCCAUUUCCAUUCACGAAAAACCCCUUCUGAAGGAGAUCUUCUCCUUUGGGGUGCAGCACACCAUCUUCCUGGAGGAGACAGGACAGGACAACAAGACCACCACAGCGUACCUGAUGGACCAGGGCGAGGAUGCUUCCAGAGUUCAGACCUUCAGAAACCUUCACUGGGGAAAGAAGUACUGUGUCACCAUCAAGGUCCAGGGCAACGGAGGCAUGUUCUCCAGCAGCAUCUCCCCCAAACAGUGUCUGCUGCUUCCGGAGGAAGAAUGGUACGUUACGGCUGUUUCCGCCCUCUCCAUCCUGAGUGUCUUGGCAGCCAUUAUUAUCAUCAUCGCCCUCCUCCUCUGUUUCGUGAAGCGGCCGGAGAAAACGCCUGCUGCACUGAAAUCCCCCCCGAGCGGCUGGCUCCCCUUCACCGCGGGACCCGACACUAUGGAGCAGGUCACGGACAAAGGGUGGUUCCUGUCCAGUUACCGGGCGGAGACCGAGGGCGGCAUCGAGGACCCCGUUUCCCAGGCGACGGAGGCGGGAGACGGUGGCGAGGAGGAGCGGCGGACGAGCACGGACAGCGGCAUCGGCAUAGAGGCCGGGCCCAAGCCGGACCGGGGGGGUCCCCCCGCCAAACAGGAGGACAGCGGCUGCGGCAGCCUGGGCGGCUCGGAGGGCCCCACCAGCGCUCAGACGCACUACAGCGCGCGGGAGGAGAGGAAGCGCGACGACAGCGGCCUGGGGCUCCGCUCGGCCGCCGCCGCCCUGGACGGCGAGGCGCCGGGCGGGCCGUCCCCGGGGGGCGGCUACCGCAGCCAGAGCCCCUCGGAGCUGCGGGCCGACGCGGCGACGGGGUACCGGGCCGGGCCGCAGGCGUGCAUCUGCUCGGGGGGGCGGUGCACGUGGUGCCACAGCCAGGGCCAGUACGGGUCGCAGGUCGUCAGACAGUACAGGCGCUUCGUGGACCCCUACAAAGCGGGCCUGGCGUUUCCCAGUUACGGACGGGCCCAGGCGGACAGCGUGGCGGCGGACGACCUGGGCACGGGCUUCAUGCAGCUGGGGGAGAAGUUCCCUCUGCUGACCGCCUUGUCGCCGCCGCGCCCGGACGACAGGCGGGACUUCCUCUCCCUGUCCGACGUGCAGCUGACGAUCGACUGAUGCACUGCGGCGCCGCUUUCCACGCGACAGACUGAGCAAAUGAAAGCGGGAGGGGGGGGAAAUGGCACGUGUGCUGGAAGCCUGAGAGGGGGAAGGGGGGUGGGGGGGGAGCACACGGGGAGACGGCUGUGUUGAACAAAGGGCGGAAGCAGAGGUCCGACCACACAGCUGCCGGCUGCCGGGUCGGGUCCGACGUCACCCACGCCGCUAAUGUGACAGCGGCUGAAGUGCCGAAUGCCGGAAGCGAAACUGAGUGGGGAGACACGGUUUGACACUUAUGGGCUGUUGGACAUUUUGCCAUUUUAUCUCAGCUCAACGACUGCAGCCUGCGUCAGGAAUCCACCCUUGAACUUUCUGUUCAGAAAUGUUAAGAGCUUGCUCUUCACCUAUGGACAGACUGUGACCUAAUACUGUAAACUGGUGUGAUGAGGAAGUGAUGUCACCAUGGACACAUUAUCUUUUGUUUAUUUUUAGCCCAAAACCCUGUUUGUUACUUGUUACUUGUCUCGUGUUGUCAUAAAUUACUAUUUAUUUAU